AUGGGGAAUGUGCCCUCGGCCGUGAAGCACUGCCUCAGCUACCAGCAGCUUCUCCGGGAGCAUCUCUGGAUCGCGGAUGCAGUGCCAGGGGCGCUCGACCCCGCGCAGGAAGCGUCUCAGGUAUCUGGAUUCCCCGAGUAUGUUAAAAUAGUAGAAGUUGGACCUCGGGAUGGAUUGCAGAAUGAAAAGGUUAUAGUUCCUACAGAUAUAAAAAUUGAAUUUAUCAAUCAACUUUCCCAAACUGGCCUAUCUGUAAUAGAAGUGACCAGCUUUGUGUCUUCCAAAUGGGUACCACAGGUUGCUGCUGGGGCCACAGAGAUAUCCGUUUUUGGUGCUGCAUCUGAAUCCUUUAGCAAGAAGAAUAUUAACUGUUCUAUUGAAGAAAGUAUGGAGAAGUUUGAGGAGGUUGUUAAGUCUGCAAGGCAUCUGAAUAUUCCAGCACGAGGGUAUGUGUCUUGUGCCCUGGGCUGUCCAUAUGAAGGAAGCAUCACACCGCAAAAAGUGACAGAAGUAUCGAAGAGGUUGUAUGGCAUGGGCUGUUAUGAGAUCUCUCUGGGAGACACGAUUGGAGUGGGAACUCCAGGAAGCAUGAGGAGAAUGUUGGAAAGUGUCAUGAAGGAAAUCCCACCCACUGCUCUUGCCGUUCACUGUCAUGACACUUACGGACAAGCUUUAGCCAAUAUCCUCACGGCCCUCCAGAUGGGGAUCAAUGUGGUGGACUCUGCAGCCUCUGGAUUAGGUGGCUGCCCUUAUGCAAAAGGUGCUUCUGGAAAUGUAGCCACCGAGGAUUUGGUAUAUAUGCUUAAUGGCCUGGGGCUCAAUACAGGUGUGAAUCUUCACAAAGUAAUGGAAGCUGGUGACUUUAUUUGCAAAGCUGUAAAUAAAACGACAAACUCUAAGGUAGCACAAGCCUCCUACAAUGCUUGA